AUGCGCUCAAAUCAAUCUUCAACGCCGAGCCUUUCGCUCGCAUUGACUUCCUUCAAGCCACACAAUGGAGAGAUUACAAACCACCAGAACACCAGCGACAACGAAUACUACUCACCAACCUCGCCAUCAUCACCGACCAGUCUACUCAGCUCGUCGACGACGGUCACAAGCACUAGCUAUACAUUCUCCUCAUCACCAAACUCUCCAUCACUAUCUGCUGUUCAACCUCAACACGUCCGCAGUCCCCGUUUGAUAUCCGAGAAACUGAAGAUUAGCCACAACCAAAGCACGGAAUCAAAAUCAAGCACAGUGACAGCGACGGUCCUCCGCCGCCGCCCCUCCAACAUCGACAUCCUUCUGCAGCAAGAACACACUCGGGCGUCCAUCAACGAAAUUGAGCGGAAGGGACUGGAUCUCCUGGAACCGCGUCCCGUGGAUCUGGAACCCAUCGGUCCCGUCGGGAUUAACGCUCGGGGCGUACAGUUGCAGCCUAUUGUUACACGGGACCGGCUUCCGACCCAGAGUCCUAUUAAUAAUCACGGUAUUGACAACGAAAACGAUGGCGGGCACGGCGACGACAGGAAUCAGAUAGAUGGCGCGGCGCAGGCGGAGGGAAUGAACACGCACUCGCAGCCGCGGUUUGUGAUGGGUGGGAUAUUUGAGGUUAUGGAGGGAAGAGGGUAG